UGUUUGUGUUUGUUUUGUGUGUGUCCGUGUUUGUGUUUUGUGUGUGUCCGUGUUUGUUUGUAUUUUGUGUGUCUUCAUUUCACCACCUAACGGGGCUGAGUGUUUUUCUCAUCUGCGAGGAGCACUUACAGGAGAGCUUUCAAGAUGGCGAAAAAACAUGGAGCAAUUCCCCAAGACUUGGGCCAGGAGAAGCAAAAGAGCUUAUUGAAGAAGACAAAAACCCUGCGAUUCCGAGGUCCCCUCACUGCAUUGCACCCUCAUCAAAUAACCAGAAUGUGCAAGAGCCAGACCUUGAGGACGAGGAGGGCAGCAUUACUUCUAGGCCAAAAACAGAGGGAAAGGACACUGUGGCCUCAACCUCCGGGAGGAGUUUGGCUUUUCCAGAUCCUUUCAUCAGGAUGGACCCAUUCCAUCCUGUUUCCCCUCCGAGGCAUUCGAAAGCCACCCCGGCCUGUCCUGGCCAAGCGGCUGCUGCUCCUCAGAAAAGGACAGUCCAAUUCUCUUCGAUGCUGGACACAGAAUAUUCGACGUCUUCUGAGACUGGGCUCGAACCCUCCUCGGAAUCACCUCAGGAAGACUCUUCUGCUGCAGACCAAGAUGUCGGCUCAUUCUGGGCCAUCAAAGUAGUCAGAACUUCUUGGAAAAGAACAUCCAAAGUGGCCCCAGCUCUUCUGACUGAAUGUCAGCCAUCACCCGAAGUUCUCUCCUACCCUGCCUUAGACUGGGCACAAGGAGAAGGUCCUCCAGAAGCCAGUACGGCCUAUGUCAUCAAUGGGGUCGGUGCUCCCCGAGCGAAGAUUCACAAAGCAUCCCUGGAUCUUCCUACGGAGUGCCAAACAUCCCCCCGAGUUCUUUCCAAACCCUCCUGCAGUUGGGCCCAAGCAGAAAGUCCUCGAUCCGAAGGGGCCAGCCUAGCCCGUGCCCUCGACAGGUUCAAUGCUUCUCAGAGGAUGAUAACCAAAGCAUCCUUGGAUCUUCCGACUGCUUGCAAGGCAUCCCGCAGAGUUCUCUCCAAAUCCCCUCUCCACUGGACAGAGGGAACAAGUCCUCGCCCUCAACAAGCCAGCCCAGUCUGCUCCAUGAAAGCUCCUCGCAAGGGGACCAAGCAAAUAUACCCGGCACUUGCCACUGAGUUGCAGAUGUCCCCCAGAGUUCUCGCUGAACUUUCCUUCGAUUGGACAAAGGGAAAAGAUCCUUCAGCCGAAGAAGCCCAGCCUGCCUACACCACAGAAGUCAUGAUUGCUCUUCAAGAGGAGUCCCCUGAGCCGAAGACACCCCCCAGAGCUCCUCCACCGCAAGAAGCUAGCCCCACCUGUGGCAUGCAAGAACUGAGAGCCCCUGCGGAGACCACCAAUUUAUGCCCGGCUCUUCCCACCCAGUCCCACACCACCCCCCGAGUCCUCUCUGAACCCCCCUUCACCCAAGGAGAAGGUGGUCCACCCGAAGAAGCUGCCCCAGCAUGCAACCGUCUCGGGAAGAGGUCUGACAAGUUCCUGCCACCCUUGACCUUCAACUCAACCCCUUCUCCAACAACAGACCCCGAGCAUUCCUCCCAAAGGUCCAACGAAAAUGGUGGGAGACACCAAGGCCUAUUUUGGCGCUUUUUAAGAAGGUUUUCGUGCUUUCCCAACUUCCCCCACAAUUGAAACAAAUUUGUCAUUGAGCGACAUUCACAUCAAAGAGUCAGAAUAUCACAGGGGAUCCCUUAUACACAACCCAAAGGGCUGGGGACAAAGUCAUCAGGCUGGGGAUGAAGCUCUCUACCACUUGCAAACUUCAAUCCACAGAAAUAACAAGUGGGGACCCUCGGCCAAGCUGGGAGUGGCUGGAGCCUCAGCAGGCACCACAGACACUUUCAUCUCCUAGACUUUUCAAGUUGAGGUGUGAGUCCUGGAGGCCUGAAUGAAGCUAGGCUGACUAAGAUGGCAGCCAGGUCCUAAGAAGCUGAGGAUGUGGCCCUGGCCAGGAUCCAGCUCCUGCUGGGUGCAGAGACAAUGGAUCCAGGACGCUGCUGGCUGCUGCUACUCCCACGGGAGAGGACCUCUUACUUUCCCAUUCCUGGUCAGAGGGCAAAGUGACAUGGAAGCUUUAGGAACAUUCUCUCCACACACACCUGCAAAGAAACAUUGAAAUAGAUGAUCAGAACAGGGAAGACAAGACUUCAUCCUCAGAAGAGGACACUUAAGUGAAAAAAAAAAAAAGCUUUUUCCCACCAAGACUACUGUGCAAUGCCUGCACAACUAAAGAAAAUAUGGAGAACUCAAAAAUGAAUUUAAAAAUCAAACCAAAUGGAGAACAAAGUAACCAAUAAAACCCUUCCAAGAAAACCUAAAAGCAUUAAAAAAAAAAAAGAAAGAAAACCCACUUGCAAAGGAGGAAAGGAAUCUCAAGAUGAACAAGUCUUUGCAAAAUGAGGAUUGGCAAUGGGAAACCAUAGAAGUGAAGAACAAGCAGAAAUUACAGUAGAGAUUGUAAAUAUUGAAAACAAAUUGAACCAUGUGAAACCAAACUUAAAAGACAGAACUGAAGAAUAGAUUAGGACCAGAAAAUUGAAGAAAUGGACUACCUGAAAAUGUUGACCAAAAAGAGAACCUGAACACAAAUAAUGCAAGAAAUAAUUUGGCAAAUUGUCCUGGAAUGAUAGGGCAUGAGGGGAAAAGGUCCAAAGAGGUCAAAAAAUCCCCCAAUACCAUCUCACCGAAAUCCAGUGGUCCAAAGACAUCAGAAUAUUGGUGUUCAAUUUAGAAACCCAUAGAUCAAAGGGAAAUUUUUGAAGAAACAAACCAAAAAAUAUUCAUUUAAGUGGGAACUAGAAUUGGAAUUGAACAAGACACAUCAGCAGCCUCAGUAAAUGACUGGAAAGAUAUCUGGUGAGUGCCGAUUCUGAGAGGGGAGGGUGGAGAGAGGGCGAGCAGAAAGGAGAAAAAGGGAUCAGGCAGCAUGGAGCAACUCCCUAAGUUAGGGAGGGAAGGAAGACAGAGGAAAAGAACAGAAGGGGAGGGAGGCAAACAAGAGAAGAGGGAAGAACGUGAGAGCUUCCAUUGGAAAGAUUUCCUAGAGUAUAGUUCAAAAUGAUUUUAAAUCUUGAAAUGAGCAUUUUUCCAAAUUCUACAUUCAAUUUUUUCAAAAUUGAGGAUCCCAGUGUUUCUCCUUUGCUCCCUUAAGCCACUCUUCCCAAGACAGCAAGCGAUCUAAGUGAAAUCAUUAGAACUCUCGUACACACUCAACCCCAUUUCUCAGGCUGUGGAAGAAAAAAUCUAAUUGUGAGGCAAAAAACCAGAACAAAGGAAGAAUUGAGGAAUCUCUGUGGGACACCCUAACUCAGAUGGGCUACUCUGAGGCAUCUCCAGAUGGCAACCGAAAGCAUGGAUUCUAUGCUGGCAAGGAGAGGUCCCAGCACCUAAAGGGAACGGCCCCACAUGGUGUGGGGCCCCAGGCCGGAAAGAGGCAUGGAUUCAUAAACAGGAAAAGAUUUGGAGGGCCAGAAACGGAAGUAACCACUGACCAAAGACCACAAGGCUGUCUCCUUCCUGGAGGUCAUGGGACUGAAACUUGGGCCUAGGCUCUGACCUUUUCUGCCCUCUAAUCCCUUGAGAAUAGUGGUCAUGUGAUGUCCUGAACCUUGGGCCUGACGUCCUCGAGCCUCAAAGAAACCACCUCCUGGUCCCAUUCACUCCCUUCUCUUUAUUUCCUUCUUGCCUUUGAGGAUCUUAUGUUUUAUUGGGAGAUUUGCAAUAUGUACACAGAGAAGUGAAUACAAUAAUUGAUGGAAAGAGAAUCUCUAAAAAGGUCAGAGGGAAGGAGAGAAAUAGCUAUCACAAAAAUGGCAUCUAUCUGGGAUUAACUGUUCAAAUCAUAGGUCAACCAUCCUCGGUUAUUGAAGAUAUCUGGGAGAAAAGUUAUUCAAGAUCAGGAACAGUGCAUUGACAGCAAAUAGUUGGGAAUCUGGGAGAAAAGUUCAAGAUCAGGAAGAGUGUAUUGACAACAAAUAGAAGGCCACAGUGAAAAUAAAGUUGACCAAGUACAAUUUGAUGGGAACAAUGUUCAAGAAUGCCCAAUUUAAUAGAGGAACUAGACCGAUGAUUUCACUGAUAUGUCAGAUAAGGAAACCCUUCUCUACAGAAACAGAUUGGAACCUUUUCCUCAACUCAGUCUAAAAGAAUGAUUAAAACGAAAGUUUUUAUGAAUUUGACUCAGUUCUAUACUCAAUAUAUAUUUGAUAUUGAUCAAAGAAGGCCACAGUGAAAAUAAACUUGACCAAUUACAAUUUGAUGGGAACAAUGUACCAGAAUGCCCAAUUAAAUAGAGGAAGUAGACCUAUGAUUUCACUGAUAUGUCACAUAAGGAAGCCAUUCUCUACAGCAGCAGAUUGGAACCUUUUCCUCAACUUAGUCUAAAGGAAUGAUUAAAAUUAAAAUUUUUAUGAAUUUGACUCAGUUCCAUACUCCAUAUAUAUUUGAUAUUGAUCAAAGUCAUCCAAAUCUUUCAGUUUAUCAUUAGAACUUUACUAUUAUUGUGUGCUAUGAUUUCCUAGUUCUUUAUUUUGCAUCAGUUCCCAUAAUAAACGAUAUAUCAUGUUUCUCUCAAA